CCAGCGCCGCGCAGCUGGGAGAGCUGGGCGAGGAGCAGGCUCCCAGCGCCGGUGCGUGCCGGCCGCGGGCAGCGAGACGCGGUGGGGUGGCGGCUGCGGGGACCCGCCGAGCCGCGGGCGCCGGGGAUUGCGCCUCCCGCCGCGGAGGGCGAACCGCGGCGCUGCAGCUCCGGGCAGGCGCGGCGGCGGCGGCGGCGGCGUCGGCACCGGCGGCACCGGCGGCACCGGCGGUGGAAGCAGCGGCGGCGGCGGCGGCAGCGCGGGGACCCACGGGGCGGCGCCUGGGUCCGCGGACGCGCGAGGAGCGGCAGCGGGAGGCUCCGCGGAGCCGCGCACAGGCCUGAAUGGGACCAGGUGAGGUCAUGCUGUGGCUGCUGGAGGAAUACUGCAUUUCCGGGUCGUUUGCACGGGCCCUGCUGUGAAGGGAGCCCCACGAGAACUUGUCAGACGCUUCCUUCCUUCUCUUGCAGAGCACUGCAGGCCCAGCGGCUGUUCCUCUGCUGCUCUGAUUGUGUCCUCUCCUCCUCUUGCCAAAGCAAACAGCCCGGUCUCGAGUAGGCAUCCUGUAGGCUCGUCUGCCAGCCUGAACAUGAACACAGGCAAAGCCGAUGACAGCCAGGGUUCCCAAGGGACAUGGGGCCUUCCGGGGUCCAGCCCGCAGAAGCAGGUCCUCUCAUGAUGUUGGCGUCUGGGAGUGAGCACCAUGCCCAUCACCCAGGACAAUGCUGUGCUGCACCUGCCCCUCCUCUACCAGUGGCUGCAGAACAGCCUGCGGGAGGGCGGGGAUGGCCCCGAGCAGCGGCUCUGCCAGGCGGCCAUCCAGAAGCUGCAGGAGUACAUCCAGCUGAACUUUGCCGUGGAUGAGAGCGCCGUCCCACCCGACCGCAGCCCCCCGGGGAUGGAAAUCUGCACUGUGUACCUCACCAAGGAGCUGGGGGACGCAGAGACUGUGGGCCUCAGUUUUGGGAACAUCCCUGUUUUCGGGGACUACGGAGAAAAGCGCAGAGGGGGCAAGAAGAGGAAGACCCACCAGGGCCCUGUACUGGACGUUGGCUGCAUCUGGGUGACAGAGCUGAGGAAGAACAGCCCGGCCGGGAAGAGCGGGAAGGUCCGACUGCGAGAUGAGAUCCUCUCCCUGAAUGGGCAGCUGAUGGUCGGAGUUGAUGUCAGUGGGGCCAGUUACCUGGCUGAACAGUGCUGGAAUGGCGGCUUCAUCUACCUGAUCAUGCUGCGCCGGUUCAAGCACAAAGUCCACUCUCCUUACAAUGGCAGCAGUAGCAACAGCUCUGAACCAGGAGAGACACCGACCUUGGAGCUGGGUGACCAAGCUGUGAAAAAGGGAAAACGAGCAAGAAAGUUUGGAGUCAUUUCCAGGCCUUCUCCCCAGAAGGCCACUGAAGAACCCAAGAGCAGUCCUGGCUGUGAGUUGGACAAUGACCCCAUCUCUGAGUCGGACAAUGGCCCAGACCCUGAACUGGGAAAUGGUCAUGCUUUUGAGCUAGAAAAUGGCCCAGAAUCUCUCAAGGAGCUGGCCGGAUCCCAUCUAGACAGUUCAGAAGUAGAUAGAGGGACGGAGCAUAGCAUUCCAAAGACAGAUGCUUCUCUAGUCACAAGCAAUGACAAACGCCGCUUCUCAAAAUCUGGGAAGACAGACUUCCAAUCGAGUGACUGCCUGGCACGGGAGGAAGUUGGCCGGAUAUGGAAGAUGGAGCUGCUUAAAGAAUCGGAUGGGCUGGGAAUUCAGGGACGGCAGACUGUCCUUAGGAGAUGAGCUGCUGGUAAUCAAUGGUCACUUACUGGUGGGGCUCUCCCAUGAGGAAGCGGUGGCCAUUCUCCGCUCCGCCACUGGAAUGGUUCAGCUGGUGGUAGCCAGCAAGGAGAACUCUGCUGAGGACCUCCUGAGGUUAACGUCUAAGAGUUUGCCUGAUCUGACCAGCUCAGUAGAGGACGUGUCCUCUUGGACCGACAACGAAGACCAGGAGCCAAACGGGGAAGAAGACGAAGGACCCGGC